AUGGAGGACACUGAUGGAUCGGAUUAUGAAGUGUUGCCAGAAAUCGUGAAAGAAAUUGUGGAAAUGGAAAUGGAAAUGGAAAGGAAUGAGGAGAAUCGAGAAGAAGGGAAAAUUAAGGAAAUCGAGGCAAUGAUCGAUGAAGGAGCUCGCGUUGAACACCCAAAUUCUCUUUUUGUUGCCAGAGACGAAGAGGAAAAGUUUUUGGAUGAAGAGAGAUCGAAUGGAGAUGAAGUAAAAGGGAAAAUCAUCGACGAUCAAGAGAAACAAGUCGAGAAGAGAGAGCACAAAUUGAAAUCGGAGAACGAUCCAGUUCUGGAGGGAUUCAUUUGCAUUUUAGCUUUAUUGUCCUUGAUUUUCUUUGGUGUAUUCAUAAGUCAAUAUACAAGAAUGGCAAACGAAUUGGAAAAUGGAGAAAAAGUGAAUUAUCAAAUCGAGAAUCCAUCAGACAAACAAUUCUUUCUCUAUAAGGUCUGCAUUGAUAUGCACGGUGACGAGUUGUGCAGUGUGAAUCGAAUUGUGGAGCCUGGAUCGUAUGCAAAUAUGGACUUCCCAUUGGCCGAUUCAUUUGUUUGGGAGAGCUUCUCAAAACAUUUCCCUUCACAACAAAUCUCCAUCAUCAUCCAACCGAUGAAAAUGAAUUUCAAGAAAUUUUUCAAGCUU